AUGGAGGCGGUGAAGGCGUUCAACGCGGAGCUCUCUGCUCUCUAUGAGGUUAAACCACCUAUCUCAAAAGCUAAAAUGAAUUCGCUUACACGGGGAGCCAUAAAAGCAAUAAAAUUCUACAAGCACGUUGUACAAAGUGUGGAAAAAUUUAUUCAAAAAUGCAAGCCAGAAUACAAAGUACCAGGGUUGUAUGUAAUAGAUUCGAUUGUCAGACAAUCUCGGCAUCAGUUUGGGAUGGAGAAGGAUGUGUUCGCUCCAAGAUUUGCGAAGAACAUGCAGAAUACAUUUCUGAAUCUUUUGAAAUGCCCGCAGGAAGAUAAGAGCAAAGUUAUACGUGUACUGAAUCUUUGGCAGAAGAACGCAGUUUUCCCACCAGAAGUUAUUCAACCGCUUUUUGAUUUAGCAGAUCCCAAUCAUCCGAUACACAAGGAGCAACCAGUAAAUAGUAAUGGUACACUAAACGCAUCCGGAAAUAAUAUAAGUAACAUGAGCGCAGUCUCCAAGACACCUCCAUCGGCGAUUAAGAAUGCGGCAAAGGAUCAGAAACUAUUUCAAUCUGGGAAAACAAUUGAUCCGGCAUGGCUUGCACAAACGAAGAUGGAAGCAGCAAAUAUAGUCAAUGCAAAUAAACUUUUGGGUCAAUCGAAUUCCGGUCAAGUGGAUCCUGCUUUUCUGGAUCAAUUACAACAUUUACAGCAAUUACUUUUGAAAAAUCAGGAGGCUUCUAAUGAACCAAAGAGUUCCGUCAAGUUUGAUAAGAAGUUAUUAGAUUUCGACUACGGUGAGGAAGAAGAUGACGAUGUGGUCGUGACGAAUUCACCAAAUACAGCCACCUCGGCUAAUACUCAACACAAUGCGGUGUCCACGAGUAGCAGUUUAGAGAGCCUGGGAUUGCUGCUUGCAAAUCCAGAAGUCCUGAGACAAUUGCAGACUCUGCAACAAACUAUGCAAAGCAACGCCUCGUCGCAACACGAGAUGGAAGAAAAAAUGCGUAAAUUGCAGCAGAUGAAGCAGCAGGAGGAAGAAUUUGAUAAGCAUUUAGCACAAACUGUUCCUAAUCUUCCAUUUGCAUCUGAAUGCGAAUUAAAACCUUCUGACAUUUUAAAGCCGAAUACGCAAAAUUAUGCACCGAGUGUGAAUAGCAAUGUGAUACAAGAUAUGAGUCAACCGCCACCUGGCUAUCCACCAGCUCUGCCAUACACGUCGCAAUCUUUGUCAGGUAUCAGGCAAAUUAAUCAGUCGGCGCACCAAAAUCAAAAGAGUCCAUUGCUCGACGAACGUCAAGAAACUCAAGAUUACUCCGGAAAUGGCGCUAGACGUGAUAGUAGCAGUGUAGAAAUUGUGAAUUGCGAGAACACGAGUUCGCAAAGCAGAUCACCGGAACGUUAUCGGCAUCAUAGUCGAUCGCGAUCGCCACGACACAGAGACAGGGACAGAGACCGGGAUAGGGAUAGAAAGUCUCGGUCCAGAAGUAGGUCCAGGCGAAGAAGAUCUCGUUCAAGGGACAGAGGCCGUGAUAGGAAACGCGAUGAUAGUCGGGAAAAGAUGACGGAAGAAGAGCGAGAGAAAGAAAGAGAGCGACGCAAACGCGGUUUGCCACCGAUAAUUAGAGAUAAAUUAAGUGUUUGUAGUACAACACUCUGGGUUGGACACUUGUCGAAACUCGUACAUCAGGAAGAAUUGUCCGACACGUUUGGGGAAUUGGGCGACAUCGUUAGUAUUGAUUUGAUCUCGCCGAGAGGUUGUGCUUUUAUAUGUAUGAAUAGAAGGCAAGAUGCAUAUCGAGCGCUUACGAAACUGAAAAAUCACAAGAUGCAAGGCAAAGCUAUCACGUUAGCAUGGGCGCCUGGUAAAGGUGUAAAAGGCAAAGAAUGGAAAGAUUAUUGGGAAGUAGAGUUGGGCGUCAGUUACAUCCCCUGGAAUAAAUUGACCACUAUUACUGAUCGAGAGCUAGAACUGUUAGAAGAAGGCGGAAUGAUAGACGAAGAUACAUUGCCGCCGCACUUAAAAGGCAAAUUAAAGCACACUGGUACGAGCGCGGAUGUGUUGCAACAACAGUUGCAGUUGCAGCAACAAGCACUGGUUGCCGCCGCAACUGCUGGUGCUCCGAUUCCUACUUUAACUGAUGGUAUCGUGAACGUUAUACAAACGUCGGCCAAUUCGCAGCAGCAGCAGCAACAACAGCAACAAUUGGUCGAUACCAGUCAACCACCACCUAUUAGACCACCGACGUCGGCUGCACUACUGCCACCUCCGAACACUCAGUUACAGAUGAUGCCGCCAGCGUUCACGAUGCCUGGAGUACCACGAAUGAUUAGUCACAUGGGCCUACAAAUGACACAUGGAUUAAUGCCAAAUGUACCAAUCGGAGUUCCACCACCUAACAUGCAGAGCUUGUUAGGACCACCCGGCAUGAUGCAGACCAUGUUGACACCCUCGGUCAAUUCGCCAUUUGGAGCCGGUGUUGGCGUAGGUUUACUAACGCAAAUUCCACUGCCCGCACCUGCGGCGCCUUCAGAUAAGCCGAACUCUACGGGUAUGCCGCACAACGUCCCACCAAUCGGAGUACCGCCGCCUACGACGGAGACGAGUAUGCCGAACUUGCCGAUGUUACGACAACCUUACGGAGUCGGUCCGGCGCCGCCGAUGCAGAUGCAACUACCUCAGCAACAGCAUCAUUCGGACGACAUGGAUGUGGAGAUGGAAGACGCGAUGCCGCAAAGUCUAAGCAGCAACGUACCCAAGGACAAGCAGCCGAACCUUAGUGACCAACUGAUCGCGGCGAUGAAUAUAAGUGUUGCCGAUGGCCGCCUGGAAAACGAUCCGGCUCGUGAAUACAAGGAACGUGAGCGCGAACGAGAGAACAGGGAACGAAGAGAUCGGGGUGAUCGGGGUGAUCGGGAUCGCGGAGAUCGCAUGGACAUGAACGACUGCAGGAUGGAUCGUGGUAGAGAUAGAGGAAGGGGACGAGAUCGUGGCGGCCGGGACAGGCGGCGAGACAACCGCGAUGGUCGUGAUAGAGAGAGGGACGAGAGACGCGACAGGGAUAAUCGGGAGACUCGAGAGAACCGGGAGAGUAAUACCAGGCAUUCGGAGGGACCUGGUGCACCGAAUCAAAACGUCCAGGAGGGCGAUAGUAUGAAGAAGGAAGGCAAGCUCAGUCUAGCCGAUCGACUGCGACAAUUGGCGGAUGGGACAUUGCCGUUGGACGACCGGAUGGACAGAAGUAUGCGCGGUAGUCGAGCCGAACGCAAUAACGAGCGAAAUGACAGAACUUUCGAAGAAAGUCCUGGAGGUGGAGCAGGAGGAAGUGGAGGACGGCGACCACCUGGUGAUAUGCCAGUCUCGUUAAUGGACUUGCCCAAAUAUGGCGGAGUAUUGCCUCCCGAUCGUGCCGACUUUCCGCGAGGACCAGAUUAUCGUGCUGGACCACAGGACACACGAGAAUUCCCACAGCGUGGUUUAACUGAUCGGCCAGACCGACAGAAUUUCCCACCACGCGGUGGUCCGAGAGGUUCGCAGAUGGAGGACUUUCUAGAGAUCCCUAGGAUGCAACCCGGUAUGUUUCCAGAAGACUAUGAAGGCAGAUUAGGCCACAAUGGACCGCGGCCCGACGAUUUUCCGCCGGGCAGACUGGGUCCAGCUCGGGAAGAAUUUGAGCGACCAGAAGUGCGCGCUCGUAGACCACCUGUGGAUGAAUACGAGCGUGAUCGUUUCGAAUAUGAGAUGAGACGUGACGGAUUCGAUCCACGAAUGCAGGAUGGUUUUGACCCUCGCGGGCACAACGAGCGAUCCGACUUCGAUCCUCGCAGAAGGGAGUACUUCGGCGGUCCGAUGGAACCUGUGUUUGGAAUACCACCGAUGAUGGGCCCGAAAGGACCGAGAGGACCAGUUGGACCCGAUGGAUUUGGACCACGCGGAUCUAGAGGACCUGGUCCUCUGAUGUUCCACCCGCGGGGUAUAGGUCCGAGAGGCAUGAGGCCAGGGAUGAGGCCGCCAUUUGCGCCUCGAGGCCCACCGUUUGAUCCCAGAGAAGCAGACUCGUUCUUCCGGCCGCCAUUCGACGACAUGCGUGGUCGUCCAGGACCGCAUAUUAGACCGCCGUUCGGUCCAAUGGGACCACCAGCAAUGCUCGGCCCGGACGGACCAUGGAGGAAUCAAGAGGGUGGUGGAGCACCGUCUGCGUCAUGGUCUGGACAGGAAUCAGAUGGACACGGACAACGCGAGAAUCAUCUGCCGAGGGAUAAGCAGAAACUUGUGAAGCAUCAAGAUUACAAAAAUAUGACUGAACGAGAAAAUCGCAAUCGCAAUCGCAAAUCCAGAUGGGGCAAUGUUAGUCCUCCGACAGACGAUACGGAUGAAAUGCCAUCGGAAGGGACCGAGAAUAAGACGAGAACUUCGGACGAUGGAGAACUCGAAGCGAAAGGUAGCCUCGUUGACGCUUCAUCAGCAGCCGAUCAGCAGAAUCUCCUGACGCAGAGGGAACAAGAUGAUUCGGCGAGACACGAGCAGGAUGUACUGCACAGGGAGAAUGAAAUGACGAGUAUACCAAACGACGAGGGCAGCGGUGAAGCCAGUUACAGGAAUGACGAAGGUCAGGCCAAUCCGUACGGACAAAUCGGCACGGACCAUUUCUCCAGCGACAAUUUAGCGCUAAAGCAGCAGGGUGAAGAGGAACAGUGUUGUGAAUACGAAGCACCCAUUCCAGCUGAGGAUUCAGCGCAGCAAAGUGCGGUACAAUCGGUCGAACAAAUAGGACACGUCAGUGAGAACCAUAGUAAACAACCAGUGGAACAGCAAGCGGAUUCGUUAUAAAGAGAGAAAGAAAAAACGAAACGAAGGAAAAGCUCGAUAUUGGGAAAAUUACCAAAGUAAAGUAUAGAGAAUCUUCAGGCAGAUUCGUGUAAAAUAUCGUUUAAAUCGAUACGAUGUACAUAGAGUCAUGCUGCAGAAAAAGGGCGAGCGAGCGAGCGAACGAACGAACGAACGAGAGAGAGAGAGAGAGAGAGAGAAUGAGAACGAAUCGAUUUUAUGGAUUCAGAGUUAUCGUACUUUGGAGUGGUGAGGGAGCCGUUGGGUCCAGUGAGUUGUUUUGAGUAUCUUUCAGUCGUCAGAGUAUUCAAUUGUUGACUCGUGUAAGUCUCAAGAUUUCUUCCCAACUGAAAUCUGCUGCUUAGAUAAAUGCUGUGAUAGUGAACACAGGACCUGUUUAUCCGAGUAAAUGUAUAUAUACAGAGGAUUAUUUUCCAAGUUUUAAUCGAAAUUUUUACCGUAAUCUGCUUUCCGGUUUUUUAUUUUUCAUUUUCGAUGACGAAUCGCAGCAUAGAGUAAUAUGUAUAUAUACAUAUAUGGGCAUAUUCGAUUGAAUUCCAUUAUUGCCAUCUGUACGAAAUGUCAGUCAAUUCUUUUGUAGCCUUAUUAAGGACUUUCCUGUAGUUAAUUUCGAAUUGUCUAUCGGGUACUGUGCAGCAUGAGUAUCUUAACUCAUGCCCGUUAGGUAAAGAUUUAUUUAUUAAAUUGUAAAUACUUUUAUAUUUUCGUAGCAUGACAAAUGAAAAUGAAUAUAAUGUGCUGAUUGCCAUUGCUCAAUCAAAGAAUGAAAAAGAAUAAAUAUUUUAUAUAUAACGUCUUUAAUAACAAAAGAAACAUGGCCUUGUUAUUCCGAUGCGCGCGUAGUUCCCAUUCACGACAAAAUGAAACUAAAUCCGCACGUGUAUAAUAUAUACGGAUGAUAUUUCUAAGCAGAAAAACAUGUAUAUAACUCAGUGCAGAAUAUUUGUUUCUUUUUUUUCUUAAUUAAUCUCUCAUUAAUCGUGAGAAAUUGUGCGCGUUUUAACGGAUUCGUUACAUCCGAGUAAUUCAAAUAACUUGUUUGAUAUUGACACAAAUGACAAAUUUAUUCCAUGAUUUGCAUGAUGAGAUUGAAGGCAAUUCGUUUAAAUAAAAGAAUAGGAGUGAUUGCGAAGCGAAAAAUACGGCGGAUUUCGCGCUUCCACUAUCUUAUACACAAACAACACGUACAGACAACUUGGUUCCUGUGUUCACGUACGCACGUAUUGCACGGCGCAGCGAUGGAAGACACGUGCUUGCGCUCAAACUGAGUGACAAGUGCAAGGUACUGUUCAUAAUUACUUUCACAUACCAUUAGUCAAGGAAUGUGACUAAGAUGAUGUUAAGAGAGCCACUACUUGGCCGCGACAUCGGCCCGCACCACUCCAGGACGAAGCCCGUGCAUAUACCACAUGCAUAUACCACAUUUAAUUAAUUAUUGUGUAAUUUUAACGAUUAGAAUAAUUGCUAACAAUUAAGAAAUGGAAUUGUAUUAACGAACAACUUCCAAAGUUGAGAUGUCCAGUUGUCAAUUAUUGGACUCGUCAACUGAACCGAUUCUUUGAUUCUGAAACGUAACAUUAGAUAUUCACUUUUGCGCCUUUAACGAUAAAUGAAAACUGGAUUGUUAAGAAGUAAUCGCGAUAGACUUUCUAAAGAGUCGUUAAAACGAAAAAUGAAGCAUCAUUUUAUCGUCUAUAUAACGACAAUGUCUGAUAUUUUCUCGUUAGAGUGCAUGUAUACCUUUUCUUUUGCUUCGAGCUUAGUUUACUAUAAGUUUCAUUUUAUUAUCGUGUAUUCAUAUAAGCGAAUUUUAUGAACACAGAGCAAUUGUAUUUAAGAGCGUAUACUUAACGAACAUAAAUACAAAUUGACGAAAUGUUCUUUUCUGUUUCACUAGUAACAUGCCGGUACUUAUCGUCAUUUUCAAGAUAUGAUAUUGAUAUUUUGUUAGGAAAAGUUUCGUAAUAUCUUGAUACAUGUAUCGUAAUACAUAGCAGUACUGUAAAAUGUAUUAUGCAGACAACAAAUGUACUAGCACUUGGUUAUAUCCAUAACAUGUAUACUUGUUUUCUCGAUUAACUUUGUUACAUACUUACAACAGUUCAUCUAUCAUAAAACAAUUUCGAGAUUUACAAGUGAAGAAUUAUUAUGAUAGAACAUUGUUAUCUAAUGUAUGGUUUAUGAUUUCGCUUCCAAUACAUGUAUACAUUAAUGGUACAUUAAUCGCAAGCUUGAAAGGUAUAAAUCAAAACGAGCAAACUUGGAGUGGUGCGCGGCACUACAUUCUAGGACUCUUUGUGCGUAUAUUAGAACUAAAUAAUUACAAAUUUUUAAGUUGACAAAUGUCAGUUGAGAAAUGUGCAAUUUUCGAGUAAAUUGUUUUAUUAUAUUCUCGAUAUUGCUUCUGCAGAGAGUAACUGAAUCCUAGAAUAUUUUAAUUCUUUUAAAAAAUAUUUAUAUACAUCAAUUCACAUCAAGUUACUUUGCAAUAUGAAAUGCUCUUUCCUCAGUUGAUUAAAUUCUUUAAUUUUACGAUAUAUCUAAAGUAAUAUGAAGGUAACAGAAGGAAAUUAUACAUAUUGAUAAUGAUCGCUAACAUCCUUACAUCCAGAAUGUUCAAUAUAAUGAUAUAGGAAAUAUAUAAUAUUUGCAUAUG